UCUCCACCCCACCUCCCAACCGGUCCUUUCUUUCUUUUUCCAAGCCACAAAUUUCUCCCCUCCCCUUCCUCAAGCUCCCUGUCCUCCUCCUGUUUCCGAUUUUAGAUCGGAACCGGAAGUGUGGUGGGCGGGGCCCGGCAGCGGAAAACGCAGCGGAGCCAGAGCCGGGACACGGCAGUGGCCGCUGCCCAGUCCACCGCCACGGAUCGCGGGGUGGCAGGGCUGUGCGGCCCCAGGCUGAAGGUCGGCCCGGAGGCGGGUGGGCGCGGGUCUCACCCGGAUUGUCCGGGCGGCACCGUCCCCGGCCCUCCUGGGCGCCCAGAGGGAUCAUGUCUACAGCCUCCGCCGCCUCCUCCUCCUCCUCGUCUUCGGCCAGUGAGAUGAUCGAAACCCCUUCCCAGGUCCUUAACUUUGAAGAGAUCGACUACAAGGAAAUCGAGGUGGAAGAGGUUGUUGGAAGAGGAGCCUUUGGAGUAGUUUGUAAAGCUAAGUGGAGAGCAAAAGAUGUUGCUAUUAAACAAAUAGAAAGUGAAUCUGAGAGGAAAGCUUUUAUUGUAGAGCUUCGGCAGUUAUCCCGUGUGAACCAUCCUAAUAUUGUAAAGUUAUAUGGAGCUUGCUUGAAUCCAGUGUGUCUUGUGAUGGAAUAUGCUGAAGGAGGCUCUUUAUAUAAUGUGCUUCAUGGUGCUGAACCAUUGCCAUAUUACACUGCUGCCCAUGCAAUGAGUUGGUGUUUACAGUGUUCCCAAGGAGUGGCUUAUCUACACAGCAUGCAACCCAAAGCUCUAAUUCACAGGGACCUGAAACCUCCAAACUUGCUGCUGGUUGCAGGGGGGACAGUUCUAAAAAUCUGUGAUUUUGGUACAGCCUGUGACAUUCAGACACACAUGACCAAUAACAAGGGAAGUGCUGCUUGGAUGGCACCUGAAGUUUUUGAAGGUAGCAAUUACAGUGAAAAGUGUGAUGUCUUCAGCUGGGGUAUUAUUCUUUGGGAAGUGAUAACACGACGGAAACCUUUUGAUGAGAUUGGUGGCCCAGCUUUCCGAAUUAUGUGGGCUGUUCAUAAUGGUACUCGACCACCACUGAUCAAAAAUUUACCUAAGCCCAUUGAAAGCCUGAUGACACGUUGUUGGUCUAAAGAUCCUUCCCAGCGCCCUUCCAUGGAGGAAAUUGUGAAAAUAAUGACUCACUUGAUGCGGUACUUUCCAGGAGCAGAUGAGCCAUUACAGUAUCCUUGUCAGUAUUCAGAUGAAGGACAGAGCAACUCUGCAACUAGUACAGGCUCAUUCAUGGACAUUGCUUCUACAAAUACUAGUAAUAAAAGUGACACGAAUAUGGAGCAAGUUCCUGCCACAAAUGAUACUAUUAAACGCUUAGAAUCAAAAUUGUUGAAAAAUCAAGCAAAGCAACAGAGUGAAUCUGGACGUUUAAGCUUGGGAGCCUCCCGUGGGAGCAGUGUGGAGAGUUUGCCCCCAACCUCCGAGGGCAAGAGGAUGAGCGCUGACAUGUCUGAAAUAGAAGCCAGGAUCGCUGCAACCACAGCCUAUUCCAAGCCCAAACGGGGCCACCGUAAAACUGCUUCAUUUGGCAACAUUCUGGAUGUCCCUGAGAUCGUCAUAACAGGCAACGGGCAACCAAGACGUAGAUCCAUCCAAGACUUGACUGUUACUGGAACAGAGCCUGGUCAGGUGAGCAGUAGGUCAUCCAGUCCUAGUGUCAGAAUGAUCACUACCUCAGGACCAACCUCAGAAAAGCCAACUCGAAGUCAUCCAUGGACCCCUGAUGAUUCCACAGAUACCAAUGGAUCAGAUAACUCCAUCCCAAUGGCUUAUCUUACACUGGAUCAUCAACUACAGCCUCUAGCACCAUGCCCAAACUCCAAAGAAUCCAUGGCAGUGUUUGAACAGCAUUGUAAAAUGGCACAAGAAUAUAUGAAAGUUCAAACAGAAAUUGCAUUGUUAUUACAGAGAAAGCAAGAACUAGUUGCAGAAUUGGACCAGGAUGAAAAGGACCAGCAAAAUACAUCUCGCCUGGUACAAGAACAUAAAAAGCUUUUAGAUGAAAAUAAAAGCCUUUCUACUUACUACCAGCAAUGCAAAAAACAACUGGAGGUCAUCAGAAGUCAACAGCAAAAACGACAAGGCACUUCAUGAUUCUCUGGGACCGUUUAAAUUUUAAAAUAUGCAAAGAAAAACUUUUUUUUAAGAAAAGAAAAACCUUAUGACAAUUCAUGAGUAUUAGCUUUUUGGCGUGUUCUGAAUGCCACCUGCCUAUAUUUGCUGCAUUUGUUAAUGUCAUUUAUUUUCUUCUCAUGGUGGAUAUGCAGUUCCACUGUCUCGUUGCAUAACAUGAUGGCAUCUAUGACUUGGAUAAGCAGCAGUUCUCAACUUCAGAACAGAUGCAGUGAACUGUGGAUGUAUAUGCAUGCUCCUUGUGUGAAGGGUAGCCGAACAGAACGUGGGUUUUCAAACUAGCUGCUAUAUGCAAACAUCAUCCUUUUUUCUAUUUUAGAGGUGGAACCUCGAGAAUGAUUUUGUUCUUGUGUCUCAUCUCAAAAAACUAAUAAUUUUUUCCAAAAGAUGGUAUGCACCAAGUUAAAGACAGGGUAUUAUAAAUCUAGAAUAAUUGUUGGUACAUUACAGAAAUAAAGAACCUUUAGGGUUAGUUUGUGGUUAGGACUUUGAUGCCACCAUAUCCUUGGAUCAGUACUGAACAUAGUUCCAUCUGUAAAAUAUUUAAAGGUAAGUGACGGCUACUGUAUUAAUGAAAGCAAUUUUCUCAGUUUUCAUCAGACUAAAAAUUGUUCAUUAUACAUUGAACAAAAUGGAGCUCUUUUUUUUAAGGCAUAAAGACUUUGAAUUCUGUGUGUAUGUGUGUUGAAACUAUAAAGCUUUUAUGACUCAAAUAUUAAUUUCUCUUAAAUGAAAUUAAAGGCAAAACAAUAUGGUCUAGCUUAAAUGAUCAUUCCUUCCUACAAUGAUUAUUGGGUUGUUUUACCAUAUAUUUUUAAAAACUAAAGAGAAAAUACUGGAAAAUGGAAAUAAUUUCAUAAGCUAAAAGACUUUGACUUAGAUUUCUUUUUAUAAUACCAAAUGAGGCAUAAACCAGGCAAAUCAAGAGAAGUUGUUAAGGAAGUUAACGUAGUAAAAAUAAACUUAUGAGGUAUCCUACUUACCCUCAAAAUAAUUGAUUUUUCUUGCAAGACCAUCUUGGAAUGUCUGCUGCCUUUUCAACACUUUAAAGAAAAUUCCAGCACUUAUAAAGAGAAUAUUUAUAUUGUUAACAGUAACUUUGCUACCAACCUUCUAAAUAACUUAAAAGUAAUAAAAUGUCAUUGAAAUAAUAAUCUACACCAGGUCUAUUUUUUCAGUUGAUAUUAAAUUACAUUUUGAUACCUAUACAUAUACAAGAGCGUCUUUUAAGUAAGGAUGUCAUCCGUUUGGUUUUUAUAGCAUUCGUGUUUUAGAAGAGAAAAUUGAAAAUGAAAGCAUAAUUGCUCUGUUUAUUAGAAUUCUGUCAUGAUUUUAUUGCUGUAUUUGGUCUGUUUCAGGUUAACAAGUGGAUCUAAGAAGUUAUCAAAAUUGCUGGGCAUGGUGGCGCAUGCCUGUAAUCCCAGCAAUUCGGGAAGCUGAGACAGGAGGAUUGCAAGUUUGAGGCCAGCCUCAGCAACUUAGCGAGGCCUAAGCAACUUAGCAAGACCCUGUCUCAAAAUAAAAAGGGCUGGGAUGUAGCUCAGUGGUAGAGCACCCCUGGUUCCACCCCAGAUACCCCCCCAAAAAUUAUAAUAAUAAGUUAUCAAAGCUAUUCUUAAAAUUGCUAAAGCAGAUAACUUUUUCUUCCAUUACUUUUUUUCUUCCACUGAAUUUUAUAAUGAAUCCCAUGUGUAUACAAGCAAUAAAGAUAAAGGACAGUUCAUACUAAACUGUGUCAUGUUUAGCUUCUUCAGAAUCUCUUAUUAGAAAACUUUUAGGAACUAAAUGUCUUCUAUCACUUAAUUUAAAUAAAAGGAGGGUUAUCGUGCCCAUAUAAUUUAACUACCUAGCUGAAAUUAAUAUUGGGCUCAGCAUACUAAUAGUAAAAUAAAACCGACACAGAAAAUAACUGUAGACUAAAGGAAAGUGUAACUCAACCAUAGCACGCCUGCUUGUGUGUACAUCUGUCUCCAUCAAGAGUCACUGUUAAGCAGCUUUUCUAAUUAUCUCAGAGCAUAAGAUAUCCAAGUGUAAGUGCUAAGGCUUGACUUUCCAUUAGAAUUUAGCAUUAAAGAGUUCAAAUUUCAUUUCUAGACACUGAUGUGUUUUGCAAUGUUUUAAAACAAAGGGAAAAUUUAUUAUUUUUUACAUGCAGAUACUUCAAAAAAAAAAAAAAAAAAACAUGGUAAAUGGAAAAAAAUAGUAGAUUUAGUCAUUGUUCCAAAUGCAAAAGGCUGUUGAGCAGUUGCUGUUUGUUUACAAUCAAUUCCUUGGGAUUUUCAGUUCUAUAGUUGUCCUGGACUUUCAGAGCAGUUCAGUCUUACUCUGUUUUUAAGUAGCCACAUUGCUGAUCUCAUACUUUAAAGUCCCUAUUAUCCCUAAAAACUGGGGGAAAAGGAUACUGUGGAGAAUUAAAAUCCUUGACCAGUUUCAUCAGUGUCUUUACCCAUUAAAACUUCAAAUAGAGAUGUUAACAAGAUAGCCAAAUGUUUUAAUAAUUCUGGUUUUAAAUUUAUUCUGACCAUCAUUUGGGAGUGGAAAUAGCAGAGAGGGAAAUAAGAUUCAAAAAUGUCCUUAUCUGAGAAAUUCACAAACAAAUACUAAUUAUAUUUUAUUCUUCUCUCUGGGGAAAGAAAGCAAAGCUUUUCUGAUCUAGAGGGAAAUAUUCCUCAGCAAUAAAAAUGUUUGAAUAAAAAUCAGUUAUAGCAACACAGCAUAUUGAAAAAAUUUGUUUAAAAAAAUGUACAAAUGUUUGACUUUUGUUUGCUGAAGUAUUUGAAAGUAUUGAAUUUUUUUUUUCUUCAAGUUACUCUUAUGUUCCUAAUUUCAGUUCCUGCCUGUAGCCAGAGAUCACAAGUCUUCCCUGUGAGACUAUUGUUUCUCUCUGUAAAUGUGUGUGGUUUUCACCGUUCUUCUCUUCAAAUGAUAGUAAAUUCUACUUUGACUUCUGUCAUUCAGAACAUGUGUAAAAUGAUGUAAUGCAGAAAUUCUUGUGCAUACUGUGUAACUGAAGGAAGCUUUUUAGAUUUAUUUUUGUUUUUAAUAAAACUCGGAUUAUUAUUCUAAACUGAUACAUAAAAUGAUGAAUGACUUAUAUCAGCAAAUGAGCUUUGAGGUGUUCACUAUAGCAGUGUGUUUGCCUAACACAGAACCUAAUAAAAACUGAAACAUCAAUAUUUUUAUAGUAUUCAACACUGUUAUACCAUAAUCUUUAUUUUUAAGAAAUCUGAGUGAUUAGCCAGUUAACACAUUAUCUCCUUCAACUCAGAAUUUGGAGUUAAAUGUGUGCUUUUCAGAAUUUCUUGAGUCUUUAAUUUGUAUGAAGCAUCACAUCACAUAUAUGUGAUCCAUUUUUAUUAGACAUCUGAUUUCUAAUAGUUUUUCAAAGUUAUAUGAAAUAUUUCAAUUUUUAGUAUCCCCCAGCUUACAGACAUGCACAUUUUUAUCAACCCAGCCUUCAUUUUUGUAAAAUCAUACAUUAAUUUUUUCACAUCUUUGAUAUUUAUUGAUCACCUAUUAACAAUUUGAGCUGCUGUUACUGGUGCUGAGUUCUGUCCAUUUCAGUCACACAGUAGGUAGGUGGUAUUGAUACCGCCAUUUACCGGUGACGAGUUCUGCUCCCUCUAAUGUGGAAGUUUGAACACUAGAGAAGCACACCAAGGCAAGCAUAUUA